GAGACCGGAUAUAGUGAAUGCAGGGUCCGGGGAGACCGGAUAUAGUGAAUGCAGGGUCCGGGGAGACCGGAUAUAGUGACUGCAGGGUCCGGGGAGACCGGAUAUAGUGACUGCAGGGUCCGGGGAGACCGGAUAUAGUGAAUGCAGGGUCCGGGGAGACCGGAUAUAGUGAAUGCAGGGUCCGGGGAGACCGGAUAUAGUGAAUGCAGAGUCCGGGAGACCAGAUAUAGUGAAUGCAGGGUCCUGGGAGACCAGAUAUAGUGAAUGCAGGGGUCCUGGGAGUGCAGAUAUAGUGAAUGCAGGGUCCAGGGAGACCAGAUAUAGUGAAUGCAGGGUCCUGGGAGACCAGAUAUAGUGAAUGCAGGGUCCGGGGAGACCAGAUUUAGUGAAUGCAGGGUCCGGGGAGACCAGAUAUAGUGAAUGCAGG